GUAACCGGCGUGAUUAUUUUCGAUUUCGUUUGCUAGGUAUUUAAAAAAUAUAAUAAUUGAUCUGAAUAAUUGAAUCAUUAUCAUUUGAUCAUCGAUACAAUCACCGGUUUUGGACUUUGGUUGUACUUCCUGUUGUUUGAUUGAUUACUUGUGAAGGGUUUAACUUGGCCAUAAAUCAAUAUGGCUGAUGAAGAAGUGGGUGAAGAAGAAGAACUAGUAGAUACAGGUGGCGCCGAGAGCGAAACUGCUAUCAGUCCAAUUGAAACACAAAAACCACUCGCUCCCCCCAAAUAUGAAGUUAGACCUGGUCUUGGUGAAAAGUUUCAAGCACAAAACGUUAGGGAUAUUAUAAUGUCGACGAUGCAAGAGCAGCUGAUGGGGCGGCAGUAUCGCGCCGACCAAGCCCCUCGGUGGGCUAAAGUUAUAGCGAACGCGGUACGACAGCGUGUACAGGAUCUUGAUAUGAAAAGGUACAAAAUAGUGGUACAAUCUACGAUAAUUGAAAUGAAAGGUGCAGGUGUUAAGUGCGGUCAGAGAUGUAUCUGGGAUCCGGAGACUGAUGACUAUGCAGAUGAACUGUAUAGGAAUGAUACACUGUUCUGCUAUACUAUUGUGUAUGGUGUUUAUUUGUAUUAGAUCUAUAACUAUGCAAAAAAAGACUCAUAUGUACUACAAUUAGGAAUAUGUGUUUACAAGGAAACAUUGAUAAUGACAGCAUUAUAUAGGUUUUUACUAUUUCCCACACUGAAAAUAAAACUGCCUGAAGAUAUUAUGGUAAUCCUCCAGUCGUGGUACGGUGCUCAAAAAGAGAACGUGUUUGUCAAGGAACGUUUGAGAAUGGCUGGACCGAUUUGUCUAUUUUUCUAUAAAUAUGUUUGCAUGAUGAUUUUGGGGUAAAAACGAUUGUCGACUACACUCGUGUGCUCGGUCGGAAGGAAUUAUAAAGGAUGUUCUUUAACAGAUAGAAAUAAUGUUGGCAUACAUCCAUAC